AUGGCUGCUGGCCUUGUAAAAAUUUCACAGCUCCCAUGCGUGUCCAAAAGACUAAAAGUUGCCACAGAAAGAGUAGGAAAUACUGAACGCGAGAAACUAGUGAAGCACGUGUGGAGACAUGCAGAUGCUGUAUGUUUCGACGUCGACUCUACUGUGUGCCAGGAUGAGGCGAUCGACGAGCUGGCCAUUUUCCUCGGUGUUGCCGAAGAUGUAAAACUGUUAACCAAAAGGGCUAUGAACGGUUCAAUAACUUUUAAAGAGGCACUCAGUUGCAGAUUAGAAAUAAUGAAACCUUCUAUACAUCAGCUGGAAGGAUUUAUUAAAAGUCAUCCCCCAAGACUCACUGAUGGUAUCGUUGAACUAGUUGAAGAGUUGAAUAGACGAAAAGUGGAUGUCUAUCUUGUCAGUGGAGGUUUCCGCCAACUUGUUCUGCCCGUGGCAAGACUGUUAAACAUACCAAUUACAAAUAUUUUUGCUAACGAAAUAUUUUUUGACACUAAAGGUAAUUAUGCCGGUUUCGAUACUAAUAAACUUACUAGCGAUUCUGGGUCAAAAAAUGUCGGGAAAGCAGGCGUUUGCGGACUCCUUAAACAAAGAUACAGCUACAAAAACCUCGUAAUGGUAGGUGACGGAGCAACAGAUAUGGAAGCAUGUCCACCUGCCGAUGCGUUCAUAGGGUUUGCUGGCAAUCAGCUUCGAGAGGCAGUCUAUCGAGGCUGCGGAUGGUUAGUUUACGAUUUCGAUACGCUCAGAAAGCAGCUGCUAUAA